AUGGACUGGGUUGGCUCAUCAAGUGAAACAGUCUAUGUGGAUAAAAGGAAGCUGCCAAAGCACAAGGGCAAAGAUGCAUUAAAACUGGCUCAACCCCUUCUGGGUUCUUCACACCCACAGCUGAUUGAAGAUGGUAUCAGCACUGCCACUGUGCCCAGCCCUGCUUCAGAAGAAGCACUUGAAGUCUGUAAAGAUGAAGACUUCACCAAAAGAGAAAACAAUACAAAAGAAGAUGAAAGAGCAGAACAUUCUAUGUGUGACAAAGAUCAUCCUAAAGGACAAGAGAAUGAUUCAACAAAGAAUGAAAUAAAAAUUGAGACAGAGUCCCAGACUUCAUAUAUGGAAACAGAAGAGAUUUCAUCAGUCCAAGAGGAUGCCAGCAUUGCUGAGCAACCAGAAGUGACCCCAGUAACCGCUGACCAAGGUGAAAAAGGUAGGACUGCUCUUAAAGCUUCAAGAAUAGAGUUUCUUUGGAUUCCUGACUAAAAUUCCACCACCAGCAUUAUCCUCAUUCAGCUGUAGUUU